GUGUGUGUGUAUUUAACGAUUACAUGUAGUUUGGGGAAUAAACUAUUAUAACCCACUCUGUCUUAUCUGCCCACCUGUCCUGGCAGUUGCGCACUAUUUCUACAACGAUGUCCCGAAAGGUCACGAAUAUCUUUUGUGUAGUAGGGCUGUUUGUCAUUAUCUCCAACCGGCCCGUAGAGAGUUUUGGAAUACCUGAUGCACUGGGGGCGUAUCCAGGGAUCCGCUCCAUUAUCGAUACAGCCGAGUGUUAUCAUACUGGAGGUAUUUUGAUGUAUUGGGAUCCACACGUUCCACAACAUGCUCACGCGUUGCAGACGGUAUACGAAUACAUUGUGGCACACCUGUAUAGCCCCGUAGAGGGUUGUUGUCUCCAAGGAGGCUAUCCUAGUGAUUUCAUCGAAGCUUUCAGCAACGGAAUGUGGAUGGUUCCAAAUGUUAAAAGAUUGGAAGAGAGAAUUCGACAUCUCAGUCAUGGAUGUAGGGAAAUGUUAGCAGGAUCAAUGGAAUAUUUACAUGUUGUCCGUAAAGUGUCGCAUCCAAAACCUACAACCACCACAACAACCACCAAACCGCCACCGACAACGACAACAACAACAACAACAACAACAACCACUACUACCACCCCACGUCCCACCCACGCUCCUACCGGAGUUGGUUGUCCAACAUGCGACCCAAGUUUGAAUUGUGUGUGGAGCAAUCACUGUGGGGCUACACAGGUGUGUUUGGUUAGGUCCUAUCCGAACUACCCAUUUUCUACACAUUGUGCAGAGAAACUAGACUGCAAGCUCAUGAAACAGCUAGCAACAGGAGGAGAAAUAUUUUGCUGCGAAGAUGAAGCUUGCGUCCAUAGUAUCCUCGGAGUUUGAUAACUCAGAUGUAAUCGAGCAUAAUAAAACAUCAAUCUAUUCAUUAUAAA